AUGCAAACAUUCUCCGUAGACACGGACAAUUCUGUGUUUUUCCCUGAAAGAAAAUCAUCCCCGUAUAUGAAAAGAGCGGAACAUGUUGGCUCUUGCUCGCCACUCCUUGCUCAACAUAGAAAACACUCGAAUGAGUCCCAACCUUCUUCUCCGCGCUAUGCAUAUGAGCCCCCAUUGUAUGAAGAACCUCCCAUGGAGUAUCAAGCUCCCAUCUAUGAUGAACCACCCAUGGAAAUGCAGUACGACAGCAGUGGCAAUUAUCGGGCAAUGUCCCCACAAAAGUCACCUGUACGAAAACCACACAGCUACCUACAGUCACCCAAACAGGUUUCCAACUCUCCGUACCAACAGCUCGUGUUGACCAAACAGAAAUGCUCUGACAGGUUCAUGAGCUUGGACUACAGCCCGGCUGGCAAAGAGUACGUUAGGCAGUUGGUCUAUGUAGAACAGUCGGGGUCCAGUCCAAAGAUGAAAACGGGUAUCAGGCAUAAAUACACACCCAAUACAAUUGGUGGAUCUUACUCCCUGCAGCAUAAUCCACCCUAUAUGAGGGACCAUCGUUUGGAGGUCAAGUCUGGAGAUUACAGCAGCAUGGAGAGUGCCGAACUGCGACACAACCAACAGCAGCAGCAGUUUUAUUCUGAAGAUUCCAUGUCAUGGUCCAGUCAGCAGGACACUAUGUCCUCUACGGGCUACUCUCCCAACACAAGAAAACGGAAAAGCAGGAAACCGUCCUUGUCCCAGGAACCAAACUCGGCUCCGGCUGAUGUCACCGCAGAGAAGGAGCAAAUGAAUGAGCAUAAUAUGGUGGAAGAAAGGCCUUCAUCAAUGCCCAACAGGCCGCUGAUGAGCCGGACGGAGAGCCGGUCAUCUGAGUCCGAUAUGCACCGUGGCUCACCCGAAACGUUUCUGGCCCAGGCCCGUCUGGCAUGGGAGGCCCAACAGGCCCAUUUCCAUAUGAAGCAGAGGAGCAGCUGGGACUCUCAGAAAGAUGGCUCUGGUUAUGAGAGCGACGGGGCCGUGCCUCUACCAAUGCCCGGCCCUGUGGUCAGAGCCUUCAGUGAGGAUGAGGCGCUGGCACAGCAUGACGGCAAGUACUGGAAGAGGAACAAUUUCGAUAAGCUUGGAUUUCCACAAAUACUACUGGAAAAAAGUGUGUCGGUUCAAACCAAUCUGGCCUCACCGGAGCCAUACUUACAUCCAUCUCAGUCUGAGGACCUCGGUGCGUGUGCCCAGUUCGAGAACAGCCGUAACAGGAACAUGAUGCCCAGUUCUAGCUGCGUCUUUCCUACCUUCACCCUGAGAAAGCCUUCUUCCGAGACCGACAUCGAGAACUGGGCCUCCAAGCACUUCAACAAGCACACGCAAGGCUUGUUCCGGCGGAAGGUCUCCAUCGCCAAUAUGCUGGCCUGGAGCAGCGAGUCCAUCAAGAAGCCCAUGAUUAUGACCUCCGACCGCAAUGUGAAGAAAGAGGCCUGCGACAUCUUCAAGCUCAUCCAGAUGUACAUGGGCGACCGGAAAUCCAAGGCUGACCAGCUCAACAUAGCUUUAGAGGUUGCCACCAAAGGAUGGAGCAUGCAGGGAUUGAGGGAUGAGCUGUACAUCCAACUGUGCCGGCAGACCACCGAGAACUUCCGCUAUGAGAGCCUGGCUCGGGGUUGGGAAUUAAUGACCAUCUGUUUGGCUUUUUUUCCACCGACGCCUAAGUUUCACUCUUACUUGGAAGGAUAUAUCUAUCGGCACAUGGACCCGGUGAAUGAUACUAAAGGUAAGAUGAAAACCUUUACCUGCUCAUAUUCUGUAGCUGAAAAAAAUAGUAAUUUAAACUGA